UGACUCAUUGGAAAACUUCCAGACGAAGGCGAAAUUACAAAAGAAUUAUCAGUCUUCUGAAUCCUCGAGUGAUUUAAAUAACAGCACAAAAGUGGCACUGUGUUGUGCAAUGACAGAGCGUUCCAGAUCAUCAAGCAGCAACCAGCGGUCUGAUUAUCAGUGUGUUGCCGAAGAUAAAUCAAGUAUAAAAGCCGUCGCUCAGUUGGGGACAUCGGCUGAAGAAAAUACUACCAAAAAAGCCUUCAGCGACAAGAAGUCGGCGUCGUUGGAGGAAACAUUUAGUAUAAAUUCCGACAUUGCGAGUAAUAGAAAGCAAAAUGAAUCAAGUUCUGGAGAUAGAGAAGAAACGUCAUCUGUGCAUCACGAGUUGUCCCUAUCACCAUCGGCAAGCGAAAUUUCUUCUUGUGAAUCUUGCUCACCUAAAAAUUCUGUUUCACAAGCCCGCCUGAGAAGGCAACUACUCUCUCAGAGGAGAUCGGCAGAUAACCUUGUAUCUUGUGUGGCACAACAUUCCUCUCCUGUUUCGAACAGGAGUGCACCAGAACAGCGUCGUUUUAAAAAGAGAUCAUCGUCACAUGACGCUGCAGCAGUUCAGGAUGAUGACAAAAAAGAGAAGGCAGUUCUUACGGUAAAUAAUGAGAAUUCUGUGUCUGGAAAUUCAUCUUCCACAAGAGGACAGAAAUUUGUGGCUUCAAUGGAUAGUUUGGCCAGGAAUUCCUUACUUGCAGCACAAGUUCUGCAUUUGAUACCAACAAUCAAAGCUAGGGAAAGGAACUUUUUACAUGGCCGUAUUGCCGCCAAUUCACUUCUUGGAUCAGUGGAACUGGAACGCACACUGCCCCACCGUGAACUGCGGAUCUUUGUGGGAACAUGGAAUAUGAAUGGACAGCCUCCUCCACAUGAACUUAAUGACUUCAUGCUCCCAGCAACUUUAGAACAUGUCCCAGAUGUUGUUGCAAUUGGCACUCAAGAGAGCUAUUCGGAGAGGUUUGAGUGGGAAGUGAGUCUACAGGAAACGCUUGGACCUUCACAUCUCCUGCUCCAUUCAGCAGCACUAGGGACACUGCAUCUUGCUGUGUUUAUACGGCGUGAUCUCUUAUGGUUUUGUUCUGUUGCUGAGGAGGCAAGCUACAGUGUUCGACCUGGAACAGCAUUCAGAACAAAGGGUGCUGUAGCAGUGGCUUUUAUGUUGUUUGGCACAUCAUAUUUGUUCAUUACUUCACACCUUACAGCACAUAUGGAGAAGGUCAAGGAAAGAAUUCAGGAUAUCAAGAAAAUUGUGCGUUCAUUAGAUCUUCCAAAAAUUCUGCCGAUUCGUCACAAGAGUAAAGAUGUAACACAGAAUUUUGAUUAUGUGUUCUGGUCUGGGGAUUUGAACUUCAGACUUUCUCAGCCCCGUGAUGAAGUUUUGCAGUGGGUAUCAGAGCAAGAAUUCCCCUUGCCCUUGCCACAUAGUUUACACAGUGAUCAGUUGAAAGCCAUUAUUGCCGAAGGAAGUGUCUUCCGAGAUUUUGAAGAAGGUCCUAUAACAUUCCCACCAACGUAUAAGUAUGAUCCGGGAACGCAGAUGUUUGACAGUUCGCACAAACAGCGCACACCAGCAUACACAGAUCGCAUCUUAUACAAAUGUCGAAGUGGUCGUGGCGUUCUGCAGUGCUUGCUGUAUUCAUCAGCUCCAUCCAUCUGCACUUCAGAUCACAAGCCAGUGUGGGGCCUCUACAGCAGUGCUGUGCGACCUGGGAUUGACACUAUUCCUUUGGCAGCAGGCCUCUUCAAUCGUGAUGUGUACCUUGAAGGCAUCAAGCGACGUGCUGCUGCAUUGGAUAGAAGCCAAGGAACCUCGGCUAUUUGUAGUAUGCAAUGAGGAAUAUGUUUAUAAGGCAUAUGAUGAUAUUUACAAAACCUGAAUCAUCAGUUUUAUUUUUACUUCUUUUUAUCAAUUUUUGAAUUGUGAAUUUGGUCUGUUUUUAGUUUUUUUGUAAUGAGAACUGGAUGUGAACUUGAUUCCCAGAACUACAUAACAUGCUGAACGAUCGCUGAGUGACCUUCAGUAUUAUUAGGAUCCAAAUCUACAACUUUUGUAAUCUGUUUGGAUAAAACUUGUUAAAAACAGGUUCUGUGUCGCAGUAUUAUGACAAACCAGUUAGUUUAUUCUAGUCAUGUGACUAUAGAAGUUUUCUAUAUUGCAAAAUUAUGUAACAACUUUCUAGUCUUUACAGUGUAUACAGUAAGUUUUGAACUAUUUUUACUAAAAUACACACAUUUAUGUGCUAGUUGGUGUACUAGUAAGGAACAAAGCAAUACAUUUCUUGAUUUGUGUCUGAGGAUGUUCAUGAGCUUUAGACUACAACUGUAUUAAUUUGUUGCAAUGCAUGCUGCUUUCUAAUUGUCUUUUAUUUUUAGCUAUGUAAAUGAAUGUAUCUAAUGUAAAACAACUCUGCAUAUCACUCAUAUUUUAACUGAAAUUUAAAUGAGAGCAUAUUGCAAAGAUAUGAUUUUGUUAUAAAGAAGAAGCGCACUAAUUAAUUCUGAUUAUCGUAAAAUAGAGCAACAUUUCAUGUUUCAAGUCUCAGAACUUGGGGCCAUUUGCAAGGAGUUGUUAUGCUUGAGGGCAGCAACCAUUACGUGCAGUACAUUUACUGGACAUUUUGCAGCUGUCUCCUUGUUAUACGAAAGAUGGUUUUUUGCUCCCAUGGCUUUGUGUUCACCACAGGGGUUAUUAAUUUACUUGGAUUUAAUCUUUAUUUUUUAAAGGAUUUUUUCUGCUUUGAGACAUAGUAUUAGUGUGCUCAUAGUUAAUGUAUUGUGAAAGUGACAAUUUUAUGUUUACCAGUAUUUUAUCUCACUAAGUUUACCAAAGAGAGGAAGAAUCUGUUACGUUUGACAGGAAGAACUGCAUAUAGUUUAUGUUACAAUACAGGUAAUCCAAAAUUGGAAGUUCUGUCUUCUGCAGUUAUGAGACAGAAAAAAAUGUUUUAAAAUGAUAUAAAAGACAAACUAGAACUAAAAUUUUGGAUUGCAUUGCUAAAGAAUCAGAUUCUUAAGAAUUUUAUGUAAUUUUGGAGAUAAGGGAAGCAGUAUUCAGAUAAAUGUAAUCAAGAUCAAAAACAGCUUAGUAAAGAGAAUUAUAGUAAGAAAAAUGAUUAAUACAGCAUUAACAGGAUAAAAGUAACUCAGAAGUUGGACAGAAACAGAAGGAGAAAGGAGAAACACAAACUGUAAAGAUGAGUGUAAAAACAAUAAGCAAGUUAAAAAUGAAUAAGAUUCAAUAUAAAUAGAAGAUAUACUGUAUUUCUGGGGAUGGGGGAGUGGGUGUAGGGUAGGAUCAGAGAAGCUGAAAAUGAAAUAUCAAACCAGAAAAGAGACACGAACUGGAUGCAAGACAGAAUGUGAAGGAAAAAGGGAGUAACACAAUUGGACAUUACUAUAGGUUGAAACUGCAAGAGGAAGCAGAAGGAAAAUAAGAUAUAACUGAAUACUACUAAAUCUUGAAGUGGUGACAGUCAAUUCAAAGAGUGGAGGUGAUAGAAUAGAGAUACAAGGAUUUGUGUUGUGAAAUAUGCUUCGCAGGAUGAUACCAGGGUGUUGUUUCUUACUGCAACCAUAGAAACAUAGGGAAGCUCUUUGGAAUCAGUCUUGUAUAGAUGUGUUGAUGGAUAUUACUCCUGUGAGAUGUACUUGUCUCACACUAUUGGGCUGGCUUUACUAUUGUAUUGUACUUGUCCAUUUUAUCUUGUCUUUCUCAUUGAUCCCUCCUCCCCCCUUUACCCAUCCCUCACUUCAGGCCAUCCUACAUUCCAUCUCUGGGGCCUCUCUUUCCGAACUCAUUCCCGAUUCUUCUGUUUUCAUUCUCUUCUUUUAAAUUUUUUCACCUUUUUAUAUAUACAUUUUUUGCAUAUGUUUGUUCUUAUCUUAUCAUGAUUCACAAUUAGUCACAUUAACAUAUUAGUUGUUCUGCACCUUUGUACAUCACUUCUCUUAUCUCAGUCUGUCUGUGUCAUAAUUGGUAAAAAGUAAUUUUUGUUUUUGAAAAAACUGAAAUUUACUUUCAGCCUAUUUAUGCUGUUCUACUACAUACUUUAAUUCUGAUGUGUUUGUUUAUUUUAUUAAUCUGUGAUGUAGGUUGAAACAUUUUUUCUGUGUCACUUUUAAAUUAAGCUGUACUUUGUUUUAAGACACAUUGGUCAUGUAAUGUGGAAUUACAUAAUGAUAUUUAAUUUGUUUUAUUUUCCAUCCUCUGUCAUUCCUUAUUUCUGUACCUCUUGAAGGAUAAUUGAGCUGGAAAGCUGUAGAAAGCAUCCACUAUAUUGUGAAUGUACUAAUCAUUUUUAGAAAAAAUUUGCAAUGCAAGUGAUGACCUGGCUUUUCAUUGUUAUGUAUUUGCUCAUAUUUUUUUGUGUACUGACAUUUUCCAUACAAGAAAAUAUCUUAAUAACCACCUAUUGUGUGAUGAAAACCAUGCUUUUCUGUGUCUCCUCUGUGUUGCUUAUCAUUCCUCUUUCAGUGACUGUUCUGUCUUGUGCUAGUCAUUUCCUAUUAGCAAUUUAGUUCCCAAACUUAUAUAACAGAAAACAUUCCAUUUUGUACCUGGUUUCCUGCUCAUAUGCAACAUAGUGUGAGCUGAUUUUCCUAAGAGACUAAUUUCUUGUAUUUCUGACUAGCAAAUGUAUAUUCUCGUACAAAGUUUUGAACCAUGCACACACUUUUUAUUUUUAUAGCAGUUGGUCAUUGUGAUUGUAUUUGGUAGUUACAUACAGUCAGAAUGACAGUUUUAAUGUUCCUAUAUGUUAUGCUAUUUAAAAUAAUUACCUCUAUGACUGACAUACAUGCUACAUUUAUUGGUUGUGAAAACUGUUGACAAAUUCUGUGUAACAUCCAAAUUUCGUGAGAUAGUAGGAAAGAAAAACUAAUAGUAGUCUGUAUUACAAUUCUUUCUAUGAGCUCAUCAGAUGUCUUUUAGAACAAAUGUAACAUGAUAAUUAAGCUGUCCAAAUUCUCAUUAGUUUUGCAUUCUUGUAAAAAUAUAUUUCAUGCAUUGCUCAUAUUUAAAAAUAACAUCACAUUGUUGAUUCCUUGCAAUUUUCUUCCUAAUUUUUUAUAAGUUGGAGCCGUUCAGAUUAUUUAUCUUGCACAUAUAAAUACAGGUUUUCUUUUUUAUGUACUUAACAAAAGCAAUAAUAAUUAAGAAAUUUUUGUUUGUGUUAUGUUAGUUGCAGAAGUUUCAUUUAAUGUCAUUGUGAGUUUGUGAAUGUUCAACAUUUGUUGAUUUCAUUACUCACAAAUAAAUAAAGUGGAGGCCUAAGACAGCUUUGGCAAAUAUUGGAAGUGGAUGUGUUAUUGUGUCUAUCCUAUUGUUAAGGUAAGACUACAGAAUAAUUUUCUCAUAUCUGUUGCCAUACAGAUAUUGCAGAAUCUUGUGAAGUAUAUUCAAGCACACAUGAGAACAUAGGUAAAAAAUGUAGUAUCAUCAAACGUUUAUGUGUAUUAGGUUAAACCACAUCAAAUAAAAAAGAACCAAGAUUUUCUUCAAUAAAAGUUACUUUCACUGUAUAAUAUAUUUAGACUGUAUGUAUCUCUACAUAUCAAAUUCCCUUCAUUCACAGCAGAUAGUCUGAAGUUUAACCUGUGAUGGGACACAGUGUUUUUAUACUUCCUGUGCACAAGAUCAGAUGCUUUUCUUUUACUCUUCAGCAUUUGCUUUGCUUCUGAUAUAAAAAACAACAUUUUUAAUAGAGAUGUCAGGCUUGGAUUAAUAAUUCAGGGCUUUGUGGCAAUCACCUACAUUUUUCCAAUGGAUUAUUGUUUCAAUCUAGUAGGCUACAUUUGAAUAGCAUUGCCUGGAACACUGAUACAUUAGGAAUGCUGCAAAACAACAGUCAUGAAAGUGUGAAUCAAAGUAGCCACUUCCACUGUCCUAUGACCGGUAGCUUUAUAUAUUUAAGAAAUUUUGUGAUGUUCUAAUAAAGUCUUUACUGAAUCCUCACUGAUAACUUCAUAUUCUGUGCCUCAGCUAUGAAAAUACUGUACUAGUCUAGCAUGGUGAUACAUCUUGACUUAUAUAUGCAUGUGUUUUUUAAAAACGUUUCUUAACCAUGUUAGACAUUGCAGCUAUUUUCAGACCAAAUAAAUGUGAUAUAUAUUAUCUAUUCUCUGUAUAUGUUUGUACUGAUAUUUCAUUCUAUUUUUUGCUCAGGAUUCAGAAUACUUAUCCAAGUCAAAAGAAAUAUUUUUUUGAACAAAAUGCCUUUUAUAUUAAUAAUAUCUGUUUCUUAAGUAUGUAAAUAGUCAUCAAAGAAAAUGUUAAAUGUUCUCAAAUGUUUACAUCGUUGUCUGUGUUAACUGUUAGGCUGUAAAGAAUUGACUGUGAAAAUGAAGCUCUAAAAUGUAUCAUUCUCAGUAAUUGUGUUCAGACUUUUGAUUUAUAAAUUCCUUAUUUGUAUAUAGAAAUGCAUGUUUGAACAUAGUAUUGUGAAAAUAUGCUCAUGAUAAAAUGAAGUGAACUACUAUGAAAUAAAUAUUUGACAGAUCAUUUGGAUUUGGAUUUUUGGCAGUACUACGUAUUGUGCCUCCUCAAGGUAAGCAGAGGCAAGAAAAUCUGUCUCGUGAAGUAUAUAAUAAUUUGUGUUGGCAUGGUAAUAACUUUUGAAUCAUUCGAGACACAAUCUGGCACCAGUGAAAGCGUGCCUGAAGUCCAAAAAUUAUGUGAAUGUUGUUUCUCAAUGAUAACUAUAAAUUUUCUGCUGAAUGUUUCUGUCUGUUAGAUACAGAAACUGCUCUUCCACUUUACUGACAUAAACUAAAAAGGCUAUUGAAUGAAUUUGUGGACCAAUAAAGAGAUGUACAUAAACACUCCAUUCCUCCAAAAGUUAUAAUCGGAAGUGUUAAAUUAGUGAUGUGCUUCCAGGUGUGCAACCAAAUUGUUUCCAUGUUAUGCACAAUAUUUCAGUGAUUGACUCACUAGUCUUCUUCAGGUGUUGCAAGUUGUGCUACUAUGUGUACUUGCAGCGUAGACAACAAUCAGAAUGCACAAAAAAUGAAAACACAACUCUGCUGAAUAUCUGGAAAGUAAUCAUUACUCAAUCACACUGAGAAGUCUCAAAUCAGUAUUUUCUCAGGUAGUGCUUUCGAAUUAUUCUUGUUUGUUUAUUGUCAUCCAUUCCUCUGAGCAAUACCAAGAAACACUGCUAAUAAUAUUCAGUGUCUACUGAAUUGCAAAUUAUUCACAGUAUUUUUCUUGGUUUAAUGAUUUCUUUUAUUUCAAAAUUUGCAUUUUUCUGAAAGCUUUUUUUACUUGAAGUUGACUCAGUUAUUUAUUACAAUUUCUUCAGCCUAUUCUUGUAGCUCUUUACAGAAUUCUUGCUUUCAAUCCUCAGCUAUAAAUUUUUUUCAUGCAGUUGUUAGUGAAUACUCUAAAGAGGCUGAGGUGUUACAGAGGUUUAAUUUCUCCUGCGCAUUUCUUUUCCUUUGUGCUUAGUUUUCUGUUUAUGUAUCCCUCUUUCCCCUGUGGCAGUACUGAGUUAUUAAUUAAUGAUCAUAUGGAUUCAUCUCCAUGCAAGGAUAAUUGCAACAGACUGAAGGGUUUCUAAUUGUUUUGGGCUUUGAGACCUCACAAAGUGAUCUACAAACUAUUUUUUUUUUUUCCCACUCUCGAUUAUUUGCUGAAACACAUGUUCAUGUCAGAAAGGUGCAAACUGUUGUGCAUCUUAUUUUUAAAUAUCCCUCUCCUUCAGCUCUCUCCACAUCUUUUUGGUCGUAGCUUUUGUUAUAGUAAUGGAAUGAGUGUAGGUAUUGGGCUUCCUCUGUAUUAUAUCUUUAUUCAUUCCAUUGUUUCCAGCUGUUCCCUUUCUCUCAUAUCUUCCUUUUUUGCUAUGCAGUCUUCAUUUUAAAACCUGCUAUUUUGACUGUGAGUUUGUGAGAAAAGUCUGAUGAUUAAUAUUACUGAGAAUGAAACAUCAAUGGCAUCUUGUCCUAAUAUUAUGGGUACCUUUACAGUGAAAUAUUGUAUUAAACUGCAUCUCAGAGAAGUAUUUUUGUUGCUUGUGUUAAAUUUUACUAAGAUUUGUACUCAGUAUACUUUCUCGAUAUGCUUGUAGACAGUGUGUGUCUGACAAGCCCAGGAACAUGUGUCUUAAAUUGAUCAAUCCAUUAAAUGUGAAAUUGUUAAAUAAAAGAAGAAUUUGUGUUUAAAUAAAAUAAUGAACUUGUCA